AUGGACAUUGUCGGCAAGAUCGGAGCGUACUUUGCCAACCAUGAGGCUCAAAUGCGACUCGUGAUGCAGCACGCACGGGGUCGCCAGCGCGUCCCCACGCCCAAGGCGGACGCCACGCCGGAGCUCGACGACGACCCGAUUGACCAUGCGUCGCGGCUUCUCGACAAGUGCCUCGACUCGUUCGAAGCCUCGGUGGCCGCUCCAUUCGAAGCCUCGGUGGCCGCUCCAUUGUCGGCACGAUCACCGCUAGUAUCGCCAUGCCACGCACGGCCACUCGCGCCACCGCCACCGCGCCCCGAGGUCGCGCCCGCGACAACACCACCUUGUAAACCCAAGCGCCUCAAGCGCAAGAAACCAAAAGCUCCAUCGGCGGCCAAGACCGCCGAGCUCGCGGCCAUCAAGCAAAAGCUCGUGGACGACGCGAUUGCCGUGACCAAAGAACGCGCGCGGAGAAUUCAAAUGGACAAGGAGUUGCGGUUGAAGGCCGAAGCCGCGCUGGCCGCAGAACAGCAGGCGCGCCGCGAGGCGCAGCUGCUGCAAAUCGAGUCCAUUCGGCGACAAGCGUUCCGACCCGUGCCGGCGCCGGCGUCACCCAACCAAUUGACGUCACCACGACAGCCUGCGCCACCACGCGUGCUCACGGAUGCGUGGAGCGAGCGCGUGCCACCUCGCCGCCACACCAUCUUGGGGCUCCGAAAGCCCGUGAAACAACCUACCCCUAGCCUCGCCACCGUCAAGCACAAUCGCAGCGCAAGCCUUUCGCACUUGGCAGCGUCCAUGCCCCCGCCCAACAACCCGCCGUCCGAGGCGAUCCGACCGACAACACCGUCGCCCCGUAUUGAUCCCAUGACCAAGUUUGGGCCCAUCCAGGACCAUGUGCCAAGUGCGACGCCAUUUCUCGAUCGGCUCGAGCACAUGGAGCGAUACCGCGCAACGAAAGCCUCCGAGGCGGCAAUCGAGGCCAAGCACCGCGCCGACGUGGCGGCGGCGCAGGCCGCAGAGCAACGCCGCAUGGACCUGGCGUGCGACGCCAAAGCGCAGCAAAACCUCGACCUGGAUCGCCAGCGAUUGGCGCUGGAAGCCCAGAAAAAGGCGCUCGAAGCCUCGCUGCAAGCCUUGCACACGGAGUCGUCGCAGCUGCGGUCGGAGCGUCACAAAAUUGCGAUGGAGCGGCGCGUGGCCCGGCGGGCGGCGGUCAACAAGUCCAACAACAGUGACGACGUCCCUGCGUCCUCCUCGGACGUACAAGGGUGGGUGCAGGACGAGACGGACCGGGCAAACCAAGCCGCCAAAGCGAGGGCCGAGGCCAAGCGCCGUGUGCAGAUGCGGCGUGCGCCACCCGCCAGUGCCGGUCCCGAAACCAUCGACGACACCACCGGUUCAUCGACGCCCCGACCAUGGCAGGUGAGUCCACUGCCCCAGCCGCGAUGGGACGCUGCGUUUUUCGGCUACAGCAGUGGCUCCGACACCGAGUAA